AUGGCUGGCCUCUUCCGAAGGGUCUACGAUUGGCUGCUGCGCAUGUUCUGGGCGAUGGAGAUGGAGGUAACCAUGGUUGGUCUGCAGAAUGCCGGAAAGACCUCGUUGUUGAGAGUUCUCGCUGGAGGAGAGUUCACCCUCGACUCGAUUCCCACCGUCGGAUUUAAUAUGAAGAAGGUGCAACGAGGCCAUGUUACAUUGAAGUGCUGGGAUAUCGGUGGCCAGCCACGGUUUCGCACUAUGUGGGAGAGGUAUUGUCGGGGCGUGAGCGCUAUCGUCUUCAUCGUCGAUAUUGCUGAUCUUGAGUUGAUCCCCCAGGCCAAAGAGGAGCUCCAUGACCUCAUGGGCCGCAAAUCACUUGCUGGGAUCCCGCUUCUCAUCCUCGGAAAUAAAUCUGACCUCCCAGAGAAGUUGUCGGUAGAUGAACUGAUCGACGAACUCGACCUAAAGAGCAUAAGGGGCCGUGAGGUGUGCUGCUAUGGGAUCAGUGCGAAAGAAGAAACCAACCUGGAUGCCGUGGUGGAGUUCCUGAUGAAGUGGGCUAGCAGAGCUCCAUGA